AGUAUUUGUCAGUUCCAGCAAAGACUACCAUCUUUUAGCAAGUUCGGGGAAAUAGAUGGAAUCCUCGGCAUGGCUUUCUUGCGCAACACUUAUUUAUUAAUCAAUUUCGGCGACUUUAUUGAUGGUUCAAAUUCCUCCGUUGCUGAUCCGUACAUCCAACUCCUCUCUAUGACUGACCCCACUGCAGCGCACGCGGAUUUUGUCAGCGUGCGUCUAGGCGGAGUGGACAAGAGCGGCUCGCAACUACCCCUGCUC